AUGUCGUCGUCGGCCAUGGAAGCGCUCCACGCCCUGAUGCCGGAGCAGCACCAGCUGGACGUUGAGGCGGCUGCGGCUGUCAGCAGCGCCACCAGCGGCGAGGAGAGCGGCCACGUGCUGCAGGGGUGGGCCAAGAGGAAGCGAUCGCGCCGCCAGCGCUCCGAGGAGGAGAACCUCGCGCUCUGCCUCCUCAUGCUCUCGCGCGGCGGCAAGCAGCGUGUUCAGGCGCCGCAGCCGGAGUCGUUCGCUGCGCCGGUGCCUGCCGAGUUCAAGUGCUCCGUCUGCGGCAAGUCCUUCAGCUCCUACCAGGCGCUCGGAGGCCACAAGACGAGCCACCGGGUGAAGCAGCCGUCUCCUCCCUCUGAUGCCGCUGCUGCCCCACUCGUGGCCCUCCCGGCCGUCGCCGCCAUCCUGCCGUCCGCCGAGCCGGCCACGUCGUCCACCGCCGCGUCCUCCGACGGCGCGACCAACAGAGUCCACAGGUGCUCCAUCUGCCAAAAGGAGUUCCCGACUGGGCAGGCGCUCGGCGGGCACAAGAGGAAGCACUACGACGGAGGCGUGGGCGCCGCCGCCUCGUCGACCGAGCUUCUGGCCGCCGCGGCCGCCGAGUCUGAGGUGGGGAGCACCGGCAACGGGAGCUCCGCCGCCCGGGCCUUCGACCUGAACAUUCCGGCCGUGCCGGAGUUCGUGUGGAGGCCGUGCGCCAAGGGCAAGAUGAUGUGGGAGGACGAUGAGGAGGUGCAGAGCCCCCUCGCCUUCAAGAAGCCUCGGCUUCUCACCGCUUGA